UUGAGCGAUCGAAGGUGCUGGGGAAAUCGAGAUGCGGAGAAAUGAAAAAAUCAGGCGCGUACGGUGUUCGGCUAAUGACCACCUCGAUGGCCGGCGACUCCGCAGAAUUUGACAACCAGCAAUGGGCAAAGUCGCCAAGGCCAUCACUUUGCGAAACUCUCAUUCAGCUGCACGCUGCUUCACUACCUGACUCCGAACACUCAUGCAGUUCUUCAAGACAAACGAUGGCUGCCAGAUCGCCUUCCAAGACGUUGGUGACAAGACGCUCCCCGUGUUGAUCCUUCUACACGGUUUUACCGGCUCAUCUGAGGUCUUUCAACGAAACAUACCCACUCUGUCAAAGCAUUUCCAUGUCAUAGCACCCGAUCUGAGAGGCCACGGUGCUUCUGGUAAACCACGUCACGGCUUUCACGUCUUCCGUCUGGCGAUGGACCUGCACAACCUUCUCGGCCAUCUUAACAUCACUCAAUCUAGCACUGUGAGAUGUAUCGCUGGAAGUCUCGGAUGCUCGAUUCUAUGGUCUUUCGCUGAAUUGUUCGGCACAGACAUGUUCUCCCACAUGAUCUGGAUCGACCAAGCACCGAUGCAGAAUUACGCGAGCGAUGGGAGCUGGGGUAGUGCUGAAGGAAACCGCGGCAUGAAUUCUGCAUCUGCUGUAGCAAACUUGAAAGCAACGCUGAAGUAUGACCCUGACAGCGUGUACAGAGGCACAAUUGCUGGGUGUCUGGGCUACAGAAGUCAUCCUGUCGCGGAUGAGUCAGUCAGCGAUGAGGUCAGAGACGCCGAUGAAGAGUUCUUCCUGGCUAUCGCAAGAAAGGGGAAUGCUGAAUGGUAUGGCAAUUUGAUGGCUGAUCACACCGCGUUGGAUUGGCGGCAGAGCAUCGUAGAACAAUUUGGAGGGCGAGCAGAGCACAAGACAAACGUGCUUGUCAUCGCCACAGAUAGAAGCGGAUGUUUCCCUGCACUCGGACCAUUGGCAGCAGUUGACUUUGCGAAUGCUAAAGCAUCGACCCCUAGAGCCAGAGGCAUUGUCAUUGAAUGGGGAGGUCACUGGUGUUACUGGGAAGACUCGGAGAGAUUCAAUCGAUUGGCGCUAGAUUUUCUAACGGAAACAUGAUUUUCAUAUAGCCCAAUUUGGUAUGGCUUUGUGGUUGAGCUGCAGGCGCGAAUCAGUGAUGGUCAGAGAAUUAUGAUAAAAAACACAGACGACGUGUCAGCAUUGUGUAGUGGCAGUGGAAACGACGGGCAGGUCGAUGCAGUCGGACGCUGCACACAUGUCGCAGCUAUGGUGCAUCAGACACGAAAAGGACGUGAGAAUAGCCUGAUAACGAUGAAUGCUAU